AUGAGAAUGAUAAAGGAUAUGAAGAAAAAAUUUAGACUUAAUAUGUUAGGGUUGGUUGAAACUAAAAAGCAUGUAGUGACUAGAUUUGAUGUCUCAAGGUUCUGGGGGAAUGACAGUUUUGGGUGGGAAUAUGUUGAAUCUGAUGGUGCGUCAGGAGGAUUGUUGUUAAUGUGGGAUGAAAUGAGUUUUAGAAUGAAUAAUUGUUAUAAGGGGGAGAGGUGGCUAUGCGUAGAAGGGAUAAUUUUGAAGAACAAUUUCAAUUGUGCCUUUUUCUUGAUCUAUGGUGCCCAUACUAGAGAGGAAAAACUUGUUGUUUGGGAAGAGUUGAGCUAUACAGCUGGAUUAUGUCAGGUACCUUGUUGCUUCAUGGGUGACUUUAACGAGAUUGCACAUGUAGAAGAAAGGAAAGGUAAUGUCAACUUGUCAAUCUCUGCGGAAGAGUUUAAGAACUGGAUACAAGAUAUGCAUCUGGUGGACUUACCGCUUAAUGACCGGAAGUUUACCUGGUUCAGAGGACGUUCUUGUAGCCGGAUUGACAGAGUUCUGGUUAGUCUAGAAUGGGUGGAGGAGUUCCCAGAGAUUCGCUUGAGAGGGGGACCACGAGGCCUGUCAGAUUAUUGCCCUAUGAUAGUAGAAGAUACUAGCUUGAGAUGGGGGCCUAGGCCAUUCCGGAAUCUUGACUCCUGGUUUACACAUGAAGGUUUUCUAAGAAUGGUCAAGGAGGAAUGGAGGGGAUUAGGGAAUAUACAGUUUACAGAAAAAUUGAAGGCCUUGACAGCUCCGCUGGGACGGUGGCACAGAGAUAAAUUCGGCGACAUGGAUAAGAAAAGUCUGAAGUUUGAGGAAGAGAUAAAGAAGAUAGACAACAUGGCAAGCAAUGGAGUAUAUGAUGGAACAGUGGAGGCAAGAAGAAAGGCAUUGGUGACGUGUUGUAAGAAGUGGUAUGUAAGGAAGGAACUGUAUUGGAAACAGAUGUCACGAUCCCGCCUCGCAAAGGACAUGGACAAGAAUACCAGAUACUUCCACAACGUAGCUUCAACUAGAAGGAGGAAUAACAGAAUUGAUGCGCUGGUAAUUAAUGAAAAGUUAGUCAGGAAUCAAGCAAGAAUAAAAAUUGCUAUCAGAGAGUUCUACAAGAAGUUAUAUUAUCAGGAGGAGGCUCCUAUAGUGGGUUUUAGAGAUGGUCUGGUGAAUAUAAUAGAUACAGAAGAUGCUGUAGCUCUGGAGGUUUUGCCAUCGACUGAGGAGAUCAAAGACGCCGUGUGGGACUGUGAAUCGUCUAGGGCACCAGGAAGUGAUGGGUACAACAUGAACUUCAUUAAGAAGUGA